AUGCAAAGAGUAACACAAAGACUGCCGCGAACAUCAGCUGUUCAGGUCCGAAAACUUGCCACGAAACCUUCUCCAACAGCAUCACAAAGUGAUGACACAGCCGCAAGGAAAGACGCUGAUCCAGUCGUCCUCGAAGCGGAAAAAGUCGCCGCAACUGAGAAAUCCACCAAGACAAUGGCAGAGAAAGAUGCCGAACUCAUGCAGAAGCUCGCUGGCAUCUCCGGCGAUGGUGGCGAAUCUGGUGUCGAGUACGAGGACGGCAAGGCCUCUGCCAUGAAGCGGAGUGUAAAGAACAACAUGUUUCGUUUAAUAUGA